AUCCUGAAAUGAAAUGGCCACCACGUACGAAUCAUGUGUAACCUAUCAACUUCUAUCACAAUCAAUUCUUUCUUUCCUUCCUCCCCAAUUCUUACUACCAAUCCCUAAAAUCAUCCUUCUUUCUGUGUUUGUGUUACGUUGUAAUGGGGACUGAGAAUUACAAGUCCCUCGACUGUAUCGCCGCCUCUGAUAUAGCGGCGUUGGGCAUACCCUUCGUAACCGCCGAUGAACUCCACCGCCGUCUCGCCGGGAUUAUUCAAAAUCACGGCGCCGGAAAUCCCCAAUCGUGGAAUAUCAUCUCCAAGCAACUCCUUACACCGGAGCUACCCUUUUCGUUCCAUCAGAUGAUGUACUAUGGCUGCUACAAACACUUCGGACCCGACCCUCCCGCUUGGUUACCCGACCCUGGUGAUUCAAAAUUGACUAAUGUUGGCAAGCUACUGGAGGAGCAUGGAAAACAAUUCUUGGGGUCGAAAUAUGUGGAUCCUAUAUCGAGCUUUCUCGAUUUUCAGGAAUUUUCUGUUUCAUGCCCUGAGGUUUAUUGGAGAACUUUAUUUGACAAAAUGAAUAUCUAUUUUUCGGUUCCGCCUGAAUGCACUUUACGUGAGGAUAGUACUCAUCCAGGCGGUCAUUGGCUUCCACAUGCAUGUACUAAUCCAGCGAACAAUUGCCUACGUUUGAAUGCUCAACGGAAUCUCAAUGAUAUUGCUGUGAUAUGGCGCGAUGAAGGAGAUGAUGAAAAUCCAGUAAAUAAAAUGACUGUUAAGGAGCUACGCUCGUCAGUUUGGCUUGUUGCCCAUGCAAUAGAAACUCUGAAAUUGGAGAAAGGCUCUGCAAUUGCAAUAGAUAUGCCGAUGCAUGUUAACUCUGUGGUGAUCUACCUGGCUAUAGUCCUUGCUGGUUAUGUUGUUGUAUCCAUUGCAGAUAGUUUUGCACCAUCUGAAAUAUCUGUAAGGCUCAAAAUAUCAAACGCCAAAGCAAUUUUCACUCAGGAUGUCAUCAUUCGUGGUACUAGAAAACUUCCCUUGUACAGUAGAGUUGUUGAUGCUCAGUCUCCAAUGGCAAUUGUAAUUCCCAACAGAGAUUCGAAUUUCAGCACGAAAUUGCGUGAUAAUGACAUUUCCUGGCAGAGUUUUCUUGAGAGAGCAACUGGUUUCAAAGAAGUUGAGUUUGUUGCUGUUGAACAAACAACUGAAGCAUUCACAAAUAUUCUUUUCUCAUCAGGAACUACAGGGGAGCCAAAGGCAAUCCCGUGGAGUGUUGCUACACCUUUGAAAGCCGCUGCAGAUGGAUGGUGCCACAUGGACAUACGCAAAGGUGAUAUAAUAGCUUGGCCAACUAAUCUUGGUUGGAUGAUGGGUCCUUGGCUUGUUUAUGCUUCUUUGUUGAACGGUGCUUCGAUAGCUCUAUACAAUGGUUCUCCCCUUGGUUCUUCCUUUGCCAAGUUUGUUCAGGAUGCUAAAGUAACAAUGCUGGGUGUCAUCCCUAGUAUUGUCAGGGCAUGGAAGAAUGCAAAUUCCACAUCUACUUAUGAUUGGUCGGCCAUCCGUUGCUUUGCGUCAACCGGUGAGGCUUCAAAUGUGGAUGAAUACCUGUGGUUGAUGGGGAGAGCUCAAUACAAGCCUGUUAUAGAGUAUUGUGGUGGCACUGAAAUCGGUGGUGCUUUUGUUACUGGCUCUUUGUUGCAGCCGCAAUCUCUCUCUGCUUUUAGCACUCCUGCAAUGGGUUGCACUCUCUUUAUUCUCGGUGAUGAUGGAUUUCCCAUACCACAAGACGGUGCGGGAGUUGGUGAACUAGCACUUGGUCCGCUAAUGUUUGGAGCUUCAAGAACCCUACUGAAUGCCGACCACUAUGAUAUCUACUUCAAGAAGAUGCCACUUUGGAAUGGAAAGGUUCUGAGACGACAUGGUGAUGUCUUUGAGCGAACUUCAAGACGAUACUACCGUGCGCAUGGCCGUGCUGACGAUACUAUGAAUCUUGGGGGCAUAAAGGUGAGUUCCAUUGAGAUUGAGCGCAUCUGUAAUAUGGUGAGCAGUGAUAUCGUAGAAACAGCAGCAGUUGCGGUCCCACCGCCAGGUGGCGGACCCGAGCGGUUAGUAGUUGCUGUUGUGUUAAAGGAUGUUGAUAGAAAGCCAUUAUUGGAGAUGAGUAAUCUUGCAGCAUCUUUUAAUUCUGCCCUUCAGAAAAAAUUAAAUCCUCUCUUCAAGGUUUCUGAUAUAGUUCCCCUCCCUUCUCUCCCGAGAACAGCCACAAAUAAAAUAAUGAGAAGGGUUUUGAGGCAGCAGUUCUCUGAAAAUGAUCAGAAUUCAAAACUGUGAUUCAAAUGUUAGAUGAAUCGACUUUAUGUAAUUUUGUUUCAGUAUAUAGGCAAGCUAGGAUUAUCAUUUUCGUCUCGUGGCACAAUAAUUUGUGUAAUAACACGAACUGAUCUCAAAUUCCAAAUAAUAGGGGGGCAACAAAGUUCAGCAGAUUUGGAGAUUUUGUUUACCAGUGAUGAAGAUAACUAGAAACUAAACAAUAAUCUUUGAAAUUAAUUUUUCAUAUA